CGCAGAAGCAAAAUUGCGCUCGUGCAGGUAUCUAGAAACGCACCAAUAUGGAGAGCGACGAGCAGCUCUUUCCAAUCGCCAUCCUCAUCGAUGAGCUGAAGUCGGACGACGUGUCCCUUCGCCUGAAUGCUAUUCAUCGCAUCUCGACCAUCGCCCUUGCGCUUGGACCUGAGCGUGCUCGCGAUGAGCUGAUUCCGUUCUUGCAAGACUCGCUCGACGAUGAGGACGAAGUACUCCUCUCUCUUGCGGAAGAAUUGGGCUCAGGAUUCGUUGACUACCUCGGUGGUCCGCCGUACGGACAUCUCCUCCUUGGGCCACUGGAGAACCUGGCCGCUGUCGAGGAGACAGUCGUCAGAGAGAAGGCCUCAGAGUCCAUCACCAAAAUCGCGGAAGUGCUCUCAGAGGAGCAAGUCCAGGAGUACUACAUCCCGCUCUUGCGAAGGCUUUCAGGAGGUGACUGGUUCACCUCACGAACAAGCUCCGCGUCGCUCUUUGCUGCCGUCUACUCUAAAGUUGGCGACAAGACACAGGAGGAGCUCCGAAAGAUGUUUGCUGCGCUCUGCAACGACGACACACCCAUGGUACGACGUGCAGCGGCAAGAGACCUGGGGCCUUUCGCAAAGAAUCUAUCCAAGGAGUUGGUCGUCUCGGACAUCAUCCCGCUUUUCCGCAAGCUUUCAUCCGAUGAUCAAGACUCAGUCCGUCUGUUGACUGUUCAGGACCUUAUUUCGAUCGCAGAGGUUCUUGAUCACGACGAGACAAAGAACUAUCUGCUUCCAUCGAUUCGAAGUGCGGUGUCAGACAAGAGCUGGAGGGUGCGGUAUAUGGUGGCAGACCAUUUUGUCAAACUGGCAUCGGCGGUGGGCGAGGACGUGGUCAGGGAUGAGCUCGUAUUGGCAUUUGUCCAGCUGCUCAGAGACAACGAGGCCGAGGUUCGGACGGCGGGCGCGGCACAAAUCCCGGGCUUUGCCAAGCUCAUCGACCAGGACGUAAUCUUGGCGAGACUGAUGCCAUGUGUCCGCGAAUUGGCCAGCGAUUCUUCGCAACACGUCCGCGCCGCCCUUGGAACUCAGAUCAGCGGGCUUGCGCCUCUUUUAGGAAAGGAUGCUACCAUUGAGCACCUCCUUCCACUCUUCCUCAAGCUGCUCAAGGACGAAUUUUCAGAUGUCCGCCUUAACAUCAUCUCCAAGCUUGAACAGGUCAACGAAGUCAUUGGCAUUGAUCUUCUCUCACAAUCGCUGCUUCCCGCCAUCGUCGAGCUGGCAGAGGACAAGCAAUGGAGGGUGCGGCAAGCGAUCAUCGAAUAUAUUCCCCUCCUGGCCAACCAAUUGGGCGUCGAGUUCUUCGAUGAGCAGCUGAGCAACCUUUGCAUGUCAUGGCUUGGUGACACCGUCUUCAGCAUCCGUGAGGCAGCCACUGUCAACCUGAAGAAGCUCACCGACGUCUUUGGUGUCCAAUGGGCGAGGCAGACGAUCAUCCCCAAGGUCCUCCAAAUGGGUGUCCAUCCCAACUACCUCUACCGGAUGACGACCAUCUUUGCCAUCACUACGAUGGCACCUUCGCUCAACACCGAGGCCAUCUGCGACAACAUCCUGGAGACGGUGGUGCCCAUGGUGGACGACCCGAUCCCAAACAUCCGUUUCAACGUCGCGAAGGCUUUCGAGGUCCUCGCAGGGGUCCUUUCCCAAACGUCGGAGGGGAAAGCGGUCAUCAAGUCGCAAAUCGUGCCAGGACUAGAGAAGCUCAAGGAGGACCAAGACGCGGACGUAAGGUUCUUCGCUCAAAAGGCCGCGGAGACGAUUGCUGUGUAAGGGGAGGUGGAAAAGUAGAGGAGCAUUACUUGAGGUCAAUAAUGGAAAAAAAAACCAACCAAAAAACCGGGUGGAACAGGAGGGUGGCAGCACCUCAGCAAAGAAAAGGGGGGAGGAGGAAAACAGGACAGUCGCUGCAUCAUAGAUGGGGAAAACACUGGCG